CCCAGCCCGGAGAAGCAUUCCGAGAGGGGCCUGCUGGGGAGCGAGCGGCGCGGGACGGAGCGGCUGCUUUUCUCCGAGGUGUGUUAAGGCAACACAGUAGUAAUAACUAUGGCAGUCUCAAGGGAGUGGUGUCUUCUAGUUCUUUGGGUUCUGCUGGCUUCUUCUCAAGCUCAUACAGAUUUCUUCACUUCAAUCGGUCAUAUGACAGACCUGAUUCAUACAGAGAAGGACCUGGUGACAUCACUGAAAGACUAUAUCAAGGCAGAAGAAAACAAGUUGGAACAGAUAAGGAAGUGGGCUGAGAGGUUGGAUAAGCUGACAGAUACUGCAACAAAAGACCCAGAGGGAUUCUUGGGACAUCCUGUGAAUGCCUUCAAGUUGAUGAAGCGACUGAACACAGAGUGGAAUGAGCUUGAGAAUCUGGUCUUGAAGGACAUGUCUGAUGGGUUUAUUUCCAACAUGACUAUUCAACGACAGUUUUUCCCUAAUGAUGAAGAUCAGACUGGUGCUGGCAAAGCUCUCUUGCGACUCCAAGAUACAUAUAAUUUAGAUACUGACACAAUCUCAAGGGGAAAUCUUCCAGGCGUAAAACAUAAGGCACUUCUAACAGUUGAAGACUGCUUUGAGUUGGGAAAGAUUGCAUACACUGAAGCAGACUACUACCAUACUGAAUUGUGGAUGGAGCAAGCUCUAAAACAGUUGGAUGAGGGAGAGGUUUCUUCUAUCAACAAAAUUUCGGUUCUAGAUUACCUGAGUUAUGCUGUGUACCAGCAGGGGGAUCUGGAUGAAGCAAUGAUGCUCACCAAACGGUUACUUGAACUGGAUCCAGAGCAUCAGAGAGCAAAUGGAAAUCUGAAAUACUUUGAAUACAUCAUGACUAAAGAAAAAGAAAAAGAAGCAAACAAGUCUGUUGCUGAAACAGAUGAGCAGACUGGAAAAGAAGUUAAAACUCAGAGAAGAGGGCCUCCCAAAGAUUAUCUGCCAGAAAGACAGAAAUAUGAAAUGUUGUGCCGUGGUGAAGGUCUUAAAAUGACUCCUAGAAGACAAAAGAAACUGUUUUGUCGUUAUUAUGACGGGAAUGGGAACCCGAGGUACAUACUAGGACCUGUCAAACAAGAGGAUGAGUGGGACCGUCCUCGGAUUGUUCGCUUUCUUGAAAUAAUCUCUGAUGAAGAAAUAGAAACUGUCAAAGAGCUUUCCAAACCAAGGCUGAGGCGAGCCACCAUUUCAAACCCCGUAACGGGAGUCUUGGAGACCGCACAUUACAGAAUUAGCAAAAGUGCCUGGCUCUCUGGAUAUGAAAACCCCGUAGUGGCACGUAUAAAUGCAAGGAUACAGGAUCUAACAGGCUUGGAUGUUUCCACAGCAGAAGAGCUCCAGGUAGCCAACUAUGGAGUAGGAGGCCAGUACGAGCCUCAUUUUGAUUUUGGAAGGAAAGAUGAACCAGAUGCCUUUAAAGAACUGGGUACAGGCAAUAGAAUUGCUACGUGGCUAUUCUAUAUGAGUGAUGUGGCAGCAGGAGGAGCAACCGUAUUCCCUGAAGUUGGAGCUAGUGUUUGGCCAAAGAAGGGAACGGCGGUAUUUUGGUACAAUCUUUUUCCAAGUGGUGAAGGAGACUACAGCACCAGGCAUGCCGCAUGUCCAGUAUUAGUUGGAAACAAAUGGGUCUCCAAUAAAUGGAUCCAUGAGCGUGGGCAAGAGUUUCGAAGACCGUGUGCCUUAUCAGAGUCUGAAUGAUACCAAUCCCCUUUUAUUUUUUUUAGUGCAAAUUACGUUUCCCUUCUUCAUUGCCUUGAUUAACACUGAUAGUUUACACUAAUACUCCACACCAACUUUUGUUUCCAGUGCCAAUCUAUGGACAAAUAUUUUAUCUAUGGACAAAGUAUUUUUGCAAAUAUACCCAUUUAAAUGUUUUUAUCGAGAAAUAUAUUUGAUUUCUAAUGUCCGUCAAAUGCCAUGGCUAAAAGAUCCUUCUGUAGAGACACAAAACUUGUGGAGAAAGCAGGAUGGAUAUAUGAACUUUUCAUCAUCUGUCAAGGACUUUGCUUGGAUGGUAAGAUAUUAUAUAUCACGUCUGCUUCUGUUUCUUCUGUUUUGAAUGCCUGACCACUUCUGUAAAACUGUCCUAAGAGCUUAUAAGCCUGAUCGGAUUGACUUCAGAGGUUCUACUCAAAGUUAAGAUCCUGGGCCUUAACUUCAAAUUGCCUGUUCCUGGCUGGUUUUACCAGUGCCAUAAAACUUCAGACACAGAUUCCUCCCCAAAUGUAUUUUUUUCUUACGCCUCACAAAUAAAUUGAGCUGAUUCGAAGAAAUGGGCCAUUAAUUGUGCACACGUAAAUGGCUUGAACAGAACUGCGGUUCCUCUUUUUCUGCAGCUGCAGAUGCUGGAGGAUACCUUUGCGGGGAGGGUGGUAGAAAAUGACUUUUUUUUAAAGGUAUGACUCAUCUUUUAAAAUUUCGUUGUGAUUCAACAUUAUAAUUUAAAAUGUACUGCUGCUUUUUGUUUAUAAUGAAUAAUAAUCCCCAUGAAGGCAUGGAAACAAGAUCAGUUUUGACUUAAACACCAAUUACUGUGCCUUAUUUAGGGAGUCUGAAUUUGUAUGAAAUCAUUGUAUGAUAAAACGUAUACUUCCAUACCAACAAUACCAAACUUUAUUUUCCAACGGAGGGGCUUUGUGAAAAAGACAAUAUAUUUAUAAUACUAAAUCUUUUGAAAGUUUUUUUGUGGUGUGGAGAAUGGUUAUGUUGUGAACCCCAGGUGCAUGUUGUCUCUGAUGCAAGUCUUUAAACUAAGUCUCUGCUCACACAGGAUGGUGUCUGAAGUAUUUAGCACACAUAAUUCUGAAAAGCUUAUAUAUAUACAUACACACAAGCUCUAUUUUUCCAUUUCAGAUUUUAUUCAAUGUUUUUGUAGAGGCCUCCACUAAGAGUUUUUAGCUCUCUUAAUCUUUCUAAGAGUUACAGCUGAAUAAAGAGGGAUGAUUAAUAAUUUCA